GCUACCCCUGGCUUGAUGAGAAACAAAGCAGCUUCUAGUGGAUAUUGAGGAAUUUGGAAACCGAAGUGCCGUAAGGAAAUCAGUCCUAUACGAAAAAGAAAUCCUCUUAAAGUGUUGAUCUUGCUGAAUUAAACUCCCUCUAGAUCAGAAAAGGAAAAACAAGACUCAAGUGUCCAUAUUGCAAUUCUAUUAACGCUGUUGACAUGGAGGAGAAAGCUUAUAAAUGCAUUGAAUGUGGAAAGAGCUUUAGUCAGCAUGGAAAUCUGAAGAGACAUCAAAGGACCCACACUGGGGAGAAACCCUAUAAAUGCCUGGAGUGUGGAAGGAGCUUCAUUCAGAGUGGACAUCUGCAUAUACAUCAAAGGACCCACACUGGGGAGAAACCCUAUACAUGUCUGGAGUGUGGAAGGAGUUUCACUGAGAGUGGAAACCUACAUAUACAUCAAAGGACUCACACUGGGGAGAAACCUUAUAACUGCAUGGAGUGUGGACAGAGAUUCACUUGUAGUGGAAAUUUACAUUCACAUCAAAGGACACACACUGGGGAGAAACCCUAUAAAUGCCAGGAAUGUGAAAAGAGCUUCACGGAGAGUGGAAAUCUACGUUCACAUCAGAGGACUCACACUAGGGAGAAACCCUAUAAAUGCAUGGAGUGUGGAAAGAGCUUCAUUCAGAGUGGACAUCUACAUGUACAUCAAAGGAGUCACACUGGGGAGAAACCCUAUAAAUGCCUGGAAUGUGGAAUGAGUUUCACUGACAGUUCAGGUCUACAUUCACAUCAACGGACUCACACUGGGGAGAAACCCUAUAAAUGCCUGGAGUGUGGAAGGAGUUUCACUCAUAAAGCAGGUCUACGUUCACAUCAAAGAACUCACACUGGGGAGAAACCGUAUAAAUGCCUGGAGUGUGGACGUAGUUUCAGUCAGAGUGGAGGUCUACGUUCACAUCAAAGGACCCACACUGGGGAGAAACCCUAUAAAUGCCUGGAUUGUGGAAAGAGCUUUACACGUGGUCACAAUCUACGUAAACAUCAUAGAAUUCACACUGGAGAUAAUGGUGUUAAUUGACACCAGAAUCUUUCUAAGAUGUACAAAGGCAACUCUUGUAAAUGUUUGAAAUGCAAGCACAAAGUUGGGAUAUUUUAUAAUAUGUGUUGCAUUGCAGAAAGAUUGAACUAAAAUACAUUUGCAUGUUUUGGAACUGCUAGGUUGGCAGAAGCUGGAGCUAAAAACAUUUGAGGAUGCCUGCCAUAGAUGUGGGCGAAACGUCAGAGAGAAUACUUCUGGAACAUUGCCAUACAGCCUGAAAAACAUAUAAUAACCCUAAAAUACAUUUCAUCCUGGAAGUAAUAAAGGUGAGAUGAAACCAGGGUUUUAUUUGUUGAGACUGCUGGACGAUCAAGUGGAGAGAAACAUGGAUCGAUACUGCGAUACACUUCAGUAAGGACUGACUAUGCGCAGAGAUGGAAGGAACGUCUUAUUCCAACGCAAAAAGAAUGGCUUAUGAAGAGCUGCCGAGUAGCCAAAGUGGACAAACUGACAACAAUAUCAGCAAAUGUCAGUUGUAAGAUUUAUUAAUUGGAAGAGUAUUAUCAAAAGUAGAAGUAUGGUUAUAUAAUAUCUAAAGGGAGAAUAAUAAUAAGGGAUAAAAAUUAACAGAUAAAAUGAGUUUUUUUAAGAAAGGAACCCGUGUCUGUUUAUUCGUUAGUUAGUUCAGUUUGUGUGUCUGUUUCAUUGGUAUGUUUGUUUCAGAUUUAGUUUUGUGUUUUAUGUUAUAGUUAGAUAACAUAAAAUACAAAACCACAUCUGAAACAAACAUACCAUUGCUGUGUAGUUCAAGCUAGAUAUACAAUUUCUGCUUUUUUUGUAUUGUUUUUAAUCUCUGCUCUCUUUUUUAUUUUGUUUUUUUGCAAAAGAGAUUUUAUAAGGGUUAAAGUUGCUGAAACUGGAGAUGGGGGAGUAUAGACCUGGUUUUAGCCCAAAAUGGGGUUUAAUGUCCCAUCUAAAGUGCCUUUGAACAUCAUUUCCUGCCUCUGUGUUGGUGGCACGGGUUUGGAUUCAACUGUCUUGCUUCAGACAUUAUUAUCCCUAUUCCGUUAUGUACAAUGUAUGGUCACUCCUUUGAUCUCCACCUAUUGCUUUUCACUGUCUUGUUUGUUGUCAUAAUAAAUCUUGG